AGCUUGAUGGGCGGGAUCUGGAUUUGGAUUGGACGGCUUGUAGGACCCUAAAGUUUAAUCUGAGCUGCUAUUGGCCAAAGCGAACGCCAGUCAGAGCGUAAAAUCGCCAACAACGUGGUUUGCGUAAGAAAUAAUUUUAAAUUAACUUUCAAAAAAUAAAGUCAACCAGCAGCCAUAUUUGCAUUCGUGUGCUUUGUAAUUUAUUUGCUAAAAAAAAAGAAAUUAAACAUAUUUUUAAAAAGUCAUUCAUGGAGCUUUUAAUAGCUUCCGGGGUGAAAUGGGCAGAACGGAAGAACUCAAUAGCAACUAAAGAUGGCGGCGCAGACGCAUAAAAAUAACAAACCGGGGAAAUCUGGGGGGAAAGAAGCUCAGCCGCUGAUACUCCCCAAGACCCCGGCGGAGGAACAGCGUCUGAAGUUGGAGCGGCUCAUGCGGAACCCCGACAAAGUCGCUCCUAUCCCGGAGCGGCCGAAGGAGUGGGCCCCGCGAGCGCCGCCGGAGUUCGUCCGGGACGUGAUGGGCUCCAGCGCGGGCGCAGGCAGCGGGGAGUUUCACGUCUACCGUCACCUGCGCCGGAGAGAAUACCAGCGGCAGGACUUUCUGGACAAAAUGGCAGAGAAGCAGGGCAAAGACGUGGACUACCUCAAGAAACUGGGGCAGAACCAACGGGAGGCCGAGGAGCGAACGGCAAAGCGAAGGAAGAAGCGAGAAAAGCUGAAGCUGAAGAAACUGUUGGCAAAGAAGGCUAAGACGGAGGGGAAGGAGAAAAAAGAUGAAGACAAGGACUCUGACAGUAGUGGAGAGGAAGAACGGAAGGAGAAGAGUGGGGAAGAAGAGGAAAAAGAGGACGACGCUGAGACCCCGAGCUUCAUCAUGGGGAGGAAAUGAACAACCAUAUGAAAGUACAGUGGCAGGGGUUAGCCUGGUCUCUAUACCCGAAGAGCAAAUUGACUCUUAACCAUAAAUGGUUGAUUGAAUCAGGAGAUGGAGAAACUUAUUGACUGGAUCCGUUUUACUUUUAAAUUCAGAACUUCCUGAGUGGAUUUUUAGCCAAUCACUUGAUUUGGUUUGGACACGUGAUCACACUCGCAAAAAUGUUAAACUGUUGGGUUUUGUCUAAAUUGUGUCCUCAUGUUUUGUUUGAAUAAAAAACAACUUUAAUUCUA